AUCGUACAGGAGGAAACAUUCAUCAGAAACUCAAUCAUAGGAGAUGAGUAUCGCUGGCCAACAACCGUUCCUUACUACCUGGAGGACUGUCUGGAGAUGAAUGCAAAGGGAGUAAUCCUGAAGGCAUUUGACCAGUACAGACUGAAGACCUGCAUUGACUUCACACCAUGGAAAGGAGAGGGGAACUACAUCUCUGUGUACAAAGGGAAAGGAUGCUUCUCCUAUGUAGGCAACCAGCGUAUGGGGAGGCAGCAGCUGUCCAUUGGUGAAUACUGUGAUACUCUAGACACCGUUGAGCAUGAGUUCCUGCACGCUCUGGGCUUCUGGCACGAGCAGUCCAGAGCCGACCGUGAUGAUUACGUCAACAUCAUGUGGGAUCACAUUGAACCUGGUAAAGAGAACAACUUCAAAAGCUACAAUGACACGGUGUCCAGUGCUCUAGGCGUUCCCUAUGACUACAGCUCUGUAAUGCACUACGGAAAGACGUCCUUCAGCAUUGAUUCUAAGCCCACCAUCGUCACCAAGAUCCCCCACUUCAUGGAUGUGAUUGGUCAGAGCAUGGGGUUCAGUGCUAGUGACAUAACCAAGCUCAACCGUCUCUACAACUGCA